GUUGCAAAGUGGGUCGGCGACCGCUUCAACAGGGGCAUCUACGAUCUUCACAUCAUUGAGCUCAAGCACAUUCCAUUUCUGGAGCAGUCGCCUGAGAAGAAGAUGAUCCUAUUGCAGGCCCGUGAUGUCAUGCAGCGGGAUGUGGUUACGCUGAACCUCGUUGAGUCGGUCUCGAACUUGACUGAGGUGCUGGCUGGCAGCAAUCAUCAUGCCUUCCCAGUCUUGUACCCUGGCACGAGACGCGUGGCAGGAAUGCUCUCGCAGAGCAUUUUGCGCAGGAUUCUGGAGGAAGGCGAGGAAGCCCAACUCUUCGUCGCCAACCAGGAGCCUACGCCCUCCAAGCGCAUACCCUGGAAAUCGAUGCUGUCUUCGAAGCCCUUCAAGUGCCAGACACCUGCUGAACUGCGGGAAUAUGUUGCUGAUCACAUGGACAAGUUGGUGGACCUUGGGCCAUACGUGAAUCGCAACAACCUGUUCGUCCUUAAGUACACAUCCGCGUGGAACUGCUAUACACUUUUCCGCCAGCUUGGGAUGCGACACCUGGCUGUCCUCGGCCGAGACGGAAGCUUAGUUGGCAUCAUCACACGCAAGGACCUUAUCUUGGCCGAAGAUGAGGAGGUGCUGCUGCCGAAGAGUCCGCAGAUUGAUUUGCGCUUUUGCAAGAUCAUGCCGGCUGGCACAUGA